GGCCCAAACCAGUCCAAACAGAAAAGUUCACGACUGGUCGAGUCUUCAUCAAGAUAUUGUCGACUCGAUCGCCAAACGAAUGGUCUCUCCGGCGGAUUUGAUUGCUUUUGCCGCAGUUUGUAAAGCAUGGAGAUCAGCCGCCAUCAAAGAAUACUUUACCAGCCGAUCAACACUGAAAUCUCCAGUGCUUAUGAUCCAAGCCAAGAACAAGGAGAAGGGCACUCUCACCCCUGAAUUCUACAACAGCUCAAGGAGUACGUGGUCAAAGGGAACGUUUCACAAACUUGGUCUGCUCGCACCCAAGAAAACAAAGCAGUCUUUUUAUUCUUCUCUAGGCUGGCUGGUGGCUGUGUCUGCGGAUUUGAAGGUUGAUCUGCUGCACCCUUUAAGCCAUGACCAGAUUGAACUUCCAGAUAUUAACAAAGUCAGAAACCAUCACCAGCAACAGAGCUUUUCCGGCGUGCCGUACGAGUUCAUAGCUAGUAAGUUUGUCUUGUCAUCAAGCCCUUCUUGGACGUGUGAUUAUAUAGUGACUGUUAUUUAUAGGAUUUUGGGAGGCUGGGGUUUUUGGAGACCAGGAGAAGAUGAAUGGACCAGUGUGGGGAGGAAUAUAAUGGAUCUUGCUUAUUAUAAAGGGCAGUUUUAUGCUGUGGACUUUGAUGGGAAUAUAAUGGUUUGUGAGAUUGCAGAGCCUGAGCAACCAAAAAUGAGGAUUGUUGUUCCGAAAGUGCCAAUGGAACCCAUGUGUGCUUCUGUUGAUCAAAGCCUUUAUCUGGUGGAAUCACAAGGGGCCUUGUUGGUGGUUCUGCGUCUUAGGCAAUGGUUCAGUUCAACAACUGAGUUUAGGGUUUUCAAUGUGCCAUUGGAGGGUUGUGGCAAGUGCUGGUGCCAUUGGUCGGAUUUGCAGGUAAAGAACUUGGGUGACAGUACCCUAUUUCUGGGGCGCCAUAAUUCUUCCUUCUCUAUCGAAUGCAAGAAGAACAAGAACUUUGUAUGUUUGGGGAAUAGCAUUUGCUUCACGGUUGAUUUUUGUGAGUGUCUCGCACUUACCAAUGGAGAUAUGGACGCCAGUUAUUUUGUUUUCAAUAUGACAGAUGGGAAAACGAAGCCUUGCUUGGGCAAACGCCUCAAUUUAAGAGCGCCAUAUUUAUGGAUUCAAGCACCAUUUUAAAGCUUUAGGCAGAUUAUUCUCUCUGCUGUUUCUGAGUGGAGCAAGGCUUCCUGUGGUUGUAGGGCAGUUGAGGUGAAAGUGCAAAUCUUUUGGCUUGGGAUUUUCCUGGGACUGGAGUGGUCAAACUUAAUGUGGAUGGGUCUCAUAAAGCAGCUUUUGGGAAUAUUGGUGCUGGAGGCGUUCUUCAUGAUUGCAAAGGGGAAUGACUUGGGGGAUUUGCUGUGAAUCUGG